AUGAAGACGGAGCGCCAACCCAUCGUAAAGCGAGGCGUCGCCGAUGCCGCGAGGCCGCAUGCGACUCUCCCCACCGUCUGCGUCGCCUGCGUGGAGGAGCGCGAUCACCUCGAGGCCAUCAAGCGCGAGCACGCGGCGGAGAGGGAAUCGUGGAACAAGGAGAAGGCGGUCAUGGCCCGCGCGCACUCCCAGGAGGUGAAGCGCGGCAACGAGCUUCAGAAACAGCUGGCGGCGGCGAGCCGCAAGGACGCGGACCACGAGGAGAACUUGGACCUGGAGGCUGCCAAGCGCGAGCACGCCGCCGAGAGGGAAAAGUGGGCCAAGGAGCGGGCGGUCAUGGCGCGUCAACUCUCCGCGGAGGCGAAGCGCGGCAACGACCUCGAGAGGCAGCUCGCGCUCGCGACGAGUCGCGUGGGCGGGGACGCGACGGAGCUCGCCGCGGUCAAGAAGAGACUCUUCGCCGCCAACGCCGAGGCGAAGAAGACGGAGGCGAGGUUCAACGCCCAGGAGAGCAGGCACCGACUGGAGCUCAGGGAGAGGGAGGUGGCGACGCUGCGAACGACAAACGAAUCGGACCGGCGAGCGGCGGAGGCGACCGCGCGCGCCCUCGAAGCCGAGGGCGCCGUCGCCGCCGCGCACGCGGAGCGCGACGCCGCCGUCGACGCCGCGCGCACCGCCGCGGCCGCGCUCCGAUCGCUCGAACACAAGUUCGCGGACGCUGUGCGCGCGUCACAGCUGGCGCAGGACGAGGCUCGCGUUAACAUGGAGCGGAUGCACUCGGAGCACCUCGAGAGGGUCGCGUUUUACGAGGAUCGCAUCACGCGGCUGGAGCGGGAGAGGCACGCGGAGAAGGAGAACGGGUUACUCGCGGACGAGGUGUUCAAGAAGCUGGCGGACUUUCGCCUCGCGGAGAUUCGGGAGAAGGGGAGGCUGUUGGCGUCGACGACGACGCAGGAAACGUAA